GCCUCAUUGGAGUAUGGAUCCUUUUGUAGCGGAAAUGGCUAUUUUAGUGAGCCUCAUGUGAUUGACGCUAUGAUGUAUGAAGAUUCUCUUUCUUGGUGGGCAAAUCACGGGGUCUCGGCUCCACUUUUGCAACAAUUAGCUUACAAGUUGCUUACUCAACCGGCUUCUUCCUCUUGUUGUGAAAGAAAUUGGAGUACAUAUUCUUUGAUUCACAAUAUCAAGAGAAAUAAGUUAGCAACUUCAAGAGCCGAAGAUUUAGUGUUUGUACAUUAUAAUCUCCGAUUGUUGUCUCGCAAGAAAGAGAAAUAUAUAAAUGGGCCAAGCAAAUAUUGGGAUGUUGGUGGAGAUCGGUUUGAUAUUGAUGAGACAACUAAUGAUCUAACCGAGCUUUCAAUAGAUGACCCUCAAAUUGAAGGUGUGAUAUUUGAGGAAGAGUUUGAAGAUUUGGAAGAAGUUGAAGAAGAUGUGGAAGAGAUAGCUAACUUAAUUAAAUAACUUGAUAAUUGACAAUAUUUUGUUGUUAUGUUAAUUUUAAGUUAUGAAUUAAGUUGAGACAAUCUCUUGUUUUUUGUUCAAUAGUAUGUUUUACACUUUUGCUUGGUGUAUUGAAUAUUGAUUAGUAAUUAUGAAUAUCUAAAUUAUGG